AAACAGCUGGUGCUUGGUGGGGAGCUUGCACUCAGAGGGGGGACAGCCAAGGAAUCUUUCACAACUGGGCUUCUCCUUGGCAGUGAUCCAAGUAAGAUGCACACAAGAGUCACAACUUUGAAAGGCUGCAGGGUAGAAUUUACCCCAAGGUGAGUCGGCUGAGAAGGUGGCAGCCAGUUGAAACUGGUUUGGAGGUCUCCUGUUAAAUUUAUUCAUUUGUUUUUUCUUGCACGUAGCUAUGACUCCUCACACCCCUCUCUUCCUAGCAUCAUUGAUGGUUCUGUUGCAACAUGAGAUGGACAGGCUCCCUGCGUGUGGCUGAAAUCACUUCUCAUAUAAGCUGAUGUAAAGGCCCCCGCCCCAUCCUCCCACUGCUCUCCCAAAAACUUCCCUGGAGCCUCGCCCAAAAGCAUGGUGCCCAGAAUCCUGGAUAAGUCGGCCAGCCCCAAGUCCAGCCUAAGUGUCACUGCAUUCCUCAUAUACCUGCAAACCUCAAACCCACUUCUCUCUCCUCUGUUCAGUUGUGGACUUCCCACCUAGUAAUCACCUUUGUGUCAUAUCUGACUGAACUGCAAUCCCUCUCCCAGUCUGCACAUUUCAGACUCUUAACUCUUCCCAGAGCCCUCCCCACACUUUCUCACCCACCAAGCCCAGUCCCCAGGACACCCACCCAGAGUCGGUCUCAAACCCACGCUGAGCUGUCACCAGCAAUGGAAGAAGCUCAGUGACAUCAUCCUGUGCCCCGUGAACGUGACCAGAUGGCUACACUCCCAGCAUCAUCCUCAUUUGCCUUUCACUUCUCAACUGCCAUCUGAAUUUUUGAACUUCAAGACUCAAACUCAGAAGGACUCACAGGCGAGGACAGGUGUAGUGAGGAGGAGGGGGAGAAGGGAGAAGACAGCACUAUGGAUGGGGAUGGGGGCUCCCAGAGACACCAGGCUGGUCCUGGGAGCCCACCCCAGCUCUGACUCCCCCAGACUCUGGACUGUGGAUGUGCAAGCUGGUGCCCAGGUAUGGGGACUACAACCCCUUGGAACAGUGCUGUGAUGAGGGGACUGUCUUGUCCCUGAACAAGACCUGCCUCUGUGGCCCCAACUCCACCUUCUGGCCUUGCUUCCAGCACUGCUGCCCUGAGUCCUUGGACUCCCAGAAUCAGACAGUUGUGAGGUUUAAGGUCCCAGGCAUGAAGUCCAACUGCACACCUGCACCCAUCAUCAGGAUCUGUGCCCAGGUAAAGGGUUGGUUCCAGUCCAGGAUUGGGAGGAAGAAAUGGGACAGAGUUUGAUUGUGUUCCAACUGGUGAGCAGCCCUUUUGAGUCCUUUCUCCCAUCUCUGGGUAACCAGGUGUCUCUAUCCUUCUUUAAGUCUCUGACUCUCAUAUUCUCUUUCUGUCUCUCUCCCUCUCUCUUCCCCUCUCCUUUUUCUGCAAAUAGUGGAAGACCUU